AAAAAGAAAGAAAUCUCGAUGGGCACGAGGGGAAGUAGUGGUUUGUCUGCUCAACAACAGCAAUCCUCAGCCGUUCAGAAUUUUAAACCCAAAUCAGAAUGGAAGCAUGAAGAACAAGCCAGCUUUUUAUUACUUUAUCUUACUGGAUUUGCCAUGGAUCAAUUGACGAUAACACCGGACUAUUCGAAUUCAAGUGUCCGAGUUGAAGGAAAGCGUCGGCUUCCUAAUAACAGAAUAUUGCCUGUCGAUGAAACCUACGAAAUUCCCCGACAUCUUGAUUUGUCUAAAAUUGACAAACAAUUCGGACGAGGACUUCUCAUGCUCAAAAUACCAAGGUUUCCUAAACUUCAAUCCCAACAACAAUCAGUUGAAGAUAGCACCAAACUUGAUCAGGUAACAACAGCGGUUGAUCCUCCGGAACAAAAACAAGGCGAUGAUAGAGAUUCCAUCAACGAGAAACCGGAAGAAGAGUUGGUCGAACAAGCAGCUAAACCAGAAAGAAGUACUUAUGAAGCUGCUGUACCUGCCAUGGAUGAAAUCGAAACUGCAAAAAUUGAUGAAGGAAAACGAGAAAUCCCGGAGACGCAGAGUGCCGUUAAGAACAAUGACAAUGGCGUGAAAGACGACGUAAGUACAAAACGAAGCAAGGAAGCAGCCAUAGAUCCUGCAACCAAAGUUGAAGAGAAAGUGAAGGGAAACAAAGAAACGGGGAAGGAAGACAGGGCAUUGAUAAUUAAUAUGAGGAUAGCUGCUCUUAUUCUUAUGGGACUAGGAGCUUGUCUAUUGUAUACUUUAGGUCAUUAG